AUGACCGUCCGAGCCGCGGCCGUGCUGGUGGCCGCCGCCGCGCUCGCGCUCCUCCUCCCGGGAUGGGCGGCGGCGGAGUGGACCCUCACGAAGAAGGGCAGCGUCGUCACCUACGAUGCGCGGUCUCUCAUGAUCGACGGCAAGCGGGACCUCUUCUUCUCCGGCGCCAUCCACUACCCCAGGAGCCCGCCUGAGGUGUGGCCGAAGCUGCUCGAGCGGGCCAAGGAGGGCGGCCUCAACACGAUCGAGACGUACAUAUUCUGGAAUGCACACGAGCCUGAGCCUGGCAAGUACAAUUUUGAAGGCAGGCUCGACUUGGUCAAGUUCCUCAAGAUGAUCCAGGAGCAUGACAUGUAUGCAAUUGUGCGCAUCGGGCCCUUCAUCCAGGCAGAAUGGAACCAUGGUGGUCUGCCUUAUUGGCUUAGAGAGAUCGACCACAUAAUAUUCCGGGCAAACAAUGAUCCGUACAAGAAAGAAAUGGAGAAAUGGACGAGAUUCAUAGUGCAGAAGUUGAAGGAUGCUGAGUUAUUUGCAUCUCAAGGAGGACCCAUCAUUUUAACACAGAUCGAGAAUGAGUAUGGGAACAUAAAAAAAGAUCAUGCAACAGACGGUGACAAGUACCUUGAAUGGGCAGCUCAAAUGGCCCUCAGCACACAAACAGGAGUUCCAUGGAUAAUGUGCAAGCAGUCUUCAGCUCCUGGUGAAGUGAUCCCUACUUGCAAUGGAAGGCAUUGUGGAGACACAUGGACACUGCGCGACAAAAAUAAGCCUAUGCUUUGGACUGAGAAUUGGACUCAACAAUUCAGAGCAUACGGCGAUCAAUUAGCUAUGCGUUCAGCUGAGGACAUUGCAUAUGCUGUGUUACGAUUUUUUGCAAAGGGUGGGUCAAUGGUUAACUACUACAUGUAUCACGGAGGAACAAAUUUUGGAAGGACUGGCGCUUCUUAUGUGCUGACUGGAUACUAUGAUGAAGCUCCCUUGGAUGAAUAUGGUAUGUACAAGGAGCCCAAAUUUGGGCAUCUCAGGGACUUGCACAAUGUAAUAAGGUCAUAUCAGAAAGCAUUCCUCUCGGGGAAGCAUUCGUCUGAGAUAUUGGGUCAUGGGUAUGAGGCACAAAUCUUUGAGUUGCCUGAAGAAAACCUAUGUCUCUCUUUCCUUUCCAACAACAACACGGGGGAAGAUGGAACAGUGAUCUUCCGAGGGGAUAAGCACUAUGUGGCUAGCCGUUCUGUCUCCAUUCUUGCAGGGUGCAAGAACGUGGUCUACAAUACAAAGAGAGUGUUUGUACAACACAGUGAAAGGUCAUACCAUACCUCAGACGUAACAAGCAAGAAUAACCAGUGGGAGAUGUUCUCAGAAACGGUCCCGAAGUAUAAAGAUACUAAAGUCAGGACAAAGGAGCCCCUGGAGCAAUAUAACCAGACCAAGGACGCUAGUGACUACUUAUGGUACACCACAAGCUUUCGCUUGGAGUCGGACGAUUUGCCCUUUAGAGGUGACAUCCGGCCUGUGCUUCAGGUCAAAAGUAGUGCACACUCAAUGACUGGAUUUGCCAAUGAUGCUUUCGUAGGAAGUGUGCGCGGAAACAAGCAGGUGAAGGAUUUCAUGUUUGAAAAACCCGUUGAUCUGAAAGUAGGUGUGAACCAUGUCGUAUUGCUGUCGUCAACUAUGGGAAUGAAGGACAGUGGUGGUGAACUUGCUGAAGUAAAGGGCGGCAUUCAGGAGUGCCUAAUCCAAGGUCUCAACACUGGGACGUUGGAUUUACAAGUCAAUGGCUGGGGCCAUAAGGCUGCACUGGAAGGUGAGGACAAGGAGAUCUACUCAGAAAAAGGUGUGGGCAAAGUUCAGUGGAAACCGGCUGAGAAUGACCGGGCAGCCACUUGGUAUAAGAGAUACUUUGAUGAGCCAGAUGGAGAUGAUCCCGUUGUACUUGACAUGAGCUCAAUGAGCAAGGGAAUGAUUUUUGUGAAUGGUGAAGGCGUGGGUAGAUACUGGGUCUCAUUCCGAACUCUUGCUGGAACUCCUUCUCAAGCAGUAUACCAUAUCCCGCGUCCUUUCUUGAAACCCAAGGACAACCUCUUGGUUGUCUUCGAGGAGGAGAUGGGCAAGCCGGAUGGCAUCCUCGUGCAGACCGUGACGAGAGACGACGUAUGCCUGCUGAUCUCGGAGCACAACCCGGGACAGAUAAAGACGUGGGACACGGAUGGGGACAAAAUCAAGCUCAUUGCAGAGGAUCACAGCAGGCGGGGCAUCUUGAUGUGCCCCCCUGAGAAGACAAUCCAGGAAGUCGUCUUUGCCAGCUUCGGCAACCCGGAUGGCACGUGCGGCAACUUCACUGUAGGCACUUGCCACACUCCCAAUGCAAAGCAGAUCGUUGAGAAGGAAUGCCUCGGCAAGCCAUCCUGCAUGCUGCCUGUGGAUCACACAGUGUACGGCGCGGACAUCAACUGCCAAUCAACAACUGCCACACUGGGGGUGCAGGUGAGAUGCAGAGGGGGCAAGAAGGGUGCCUGA